AUGGAUUUCCGAAAAAGUAAAACUAGUAAUCAUGAAAACGGACUAACGAAAAAAGUCGACUUAGAUACUAUACUAACUGAAGAUAUCGGUCAGUUUGGAAUGUAUCAGCUUCGGCUUUUGAUGUUGACAGCUCUAUUGAUAAUAUUCACAGCCUUGUUCGCUUUGGAAUUCAUAUUUUCUGCAGCCAGAAUCAAUACCAGAUGCCUGAUCCCAGAGUGCGAGAGGGAAGCUGUAGAAUUUUCACCUUCUUGGAUUUCAAACGCUGUGCCGACGAGUGAGGGCUCUGUGGACAACUGCCAUCGCUACAGGUCUGUCAAUGCCACUGCACGGACUAAUGAUUGCCCCAAGGAAUGGUUCGAUCGCGAUGAGGUCGUCAGCUGCUCUGAUUAUGUUUAUGAGAAUUCUGAUACUGUUAUUUAUCACUUUGGAUUAGCAUGUGAUGAAUGGCGUCCAACAUUUAUCGGAUCAGUUCAAUCCACAGGAGCUCUGUUAGCCUUGCCUAUCACGGGCUUCCUCUCCGACCGCUGGGGGCGCCGCUUUGCCCUCAGCUGGAACGCCCUGAACAUAGCUUGGCUGGGCAUCGUGCGAUACUGGGUCAACAACUAUUACGGAUUCCUUGUUGUUGAAUUGUUCAAGACCACGCUUGGGGGUGGUGCCUUCUCUUGUGCUUAUAUUUUAGUGAUGGAAUUAGUUGGCCCCAAAUACCGCGUGCCUGCUGGGGCGACUAUAAACACCUUCUAUUCAAUCGGACAAAUGCUUCUAGGCCUCAUGGCAUGGGCUAUACCGUACUGGAAACAUUUGAUCCUCGCUAUUUUUGUACCACAGUUUCUAUUUAUUUCGUACUUCUGGAUUAUGUCUGAAUCGGUGCGAUGGUACAUGAGCAAGGGUCGAUAUGAAAAGGCAGAAGUUUUUCUCAAAAAUGUCGCCCGAAUAAACAAACGUGAGUUAUCAGAGAAAUCUCUACAGGCUUUGAGAGAGAACGCAGAAGUAGAGAAAAGACUGAAAGCGCUUGAAAAAGAAUACAAACAGGAGCAGCCUUGGUUGAUAACAUUAGUGUUUCAGAAUAAAGUGAUUCUAAGACGAUGUUGCGUGUCGCCUUUUUGGUGGGUUGCAAGCGCCCUGAUCUACUACGGCAUGUCCAUUAAUGCCGUCAACAUAUCCGGGAAUCGGUACAUAAACUUCGCAGCCGCUGCCGCAUCAGAAAUCCCAGGGUACUGGAUAGCUGUGUUCUUGUUGGACAGAAUCGGCAGAAAACCUGUACUCGUUGGGGGCUAUUGGACCUGCGCUGCUUGCCAGCUGGCCUAUAUCUUCAUUCCUGCUGGUUUGUAUGGAGCGUCGUUGUCAGUGUACCUGAUUGGCAAGCUGAGCAUAGCGAUAGUGAUGAUGUCCCUGUACAUAUACACCGCGGAGAUCUACCCCACCAAGCACAGACACAGUUUGCUGGCUUUCUCCUCCAUGAUCGGCAGGCUCGGCGCUAUUGCAGCUCCACUGACGCCUGCGCUAGGUGCAUCAAUUUGGCAUCACUUUCCUUCAGCUCUUUUCUUUGGCUUCGCGCUAAUAGCUGGGGGGACCGUGUUCCUCGCGCCGGAGACUCUUGGCACCAGCUUGCCGGAUACCAUGGAAGAAGCUUCAGCGAUCGGUGUUGAUAGCUAA